UUGACCGCCGCGGCUGUCCCAUUUGUUCCAUGAGUUCCAUGUCUCGCGACUUCAGCUGUGUGGAAAGGCCAUAAAAUAGACCACUUCAACACGCCCGAAGAUAGUGCGUGAUCGUUCGGCCAGUCUGCCCGUGUGUGCGUGCCCGUGCAGAGGGGCGGAGGUCGAAGAGAUAUAUUUAGCGAAUCUCUCGCCCCUCUUGAGACAUCUUGCGUCUUGUGGAUUGACCCGUGUGCGUACGAGUGAUAAGCGCCCGACAGUAGUCUUGGUGGUGGUGGUGGUGCUGGUGAUAGUCGCGCACAUAACCUCCUCGCGAAGAGUGGCGGAAAUGUGCAAUUGAAGCUAUCAAGCCGUUGAAAGGUCAACACGAGGCCCCCCCACGGGCAGGCGGCCUGCCCGCAUUCAACCUCGUCGGUGCAGUCACCCGCAGCAGGAGCAACACCGGAAACGAUGGUUCUUUCCGUGUUCAUGGUGCAAACGCUGACCACGUUGGUGGAGCCGCCGCCGACGAUCAGCGGCCCGAAAGGGCUGGUGCACCCGGCCCAGCAACCGCAGGCCAACAUUGCGGUGUUUAUGUUUCUCUUUAUGCUGUGCGUCCUCGAGGUCGUCUUCGUGAAGCUGAUCGCUCUGACGUCCUUCGGCAGUGAAGCAACGACGACCCCUGCGGCGACCCCAGCGUCGACCCCGCCGACGACGGCGACGCUUUCGCCGCCGAUGGCCACCACACCGAACCGCAGCGAAUCGUGAGGACACCGCGAUCGUCGAUGACGAAACGGUCUGUGUUGCCCUUGGCCAGCUACCACGAGGCUACACGAGCGAAAGCAGUCGAGACAAAGUCGAGAUCGAGGCGGAGAAUGUGGCAAAUCGCAAUCGCCAAAUUUUUUACGACCGUCUACGGAACAGUGCUCGACGAGAGUUGUGAUACGGGCUGCUGGAACUCGGAUCGGCGAUGAGUUGGGAAAUCGAAUCCAUUUCAUUGACGUGCCGUGCCGAAUCCCAGUAAUCGCGCGUUGUCACCGCAGCGUUGCUAUGGCAGCGGCGUGAGGUUGGUUCGAGCCUUGCACAAACGGCCGCGCGAAAAUGUCAGUUUCUUGUGUUUGCAAAAUCGAUUGCUGGCCGUCGGUCCAUUUGGAUAAAUCGCCCAUUUGCAAGUGGUACACGGCUUUAAUUUUCCAUAAAAAGAACCCGCAACAGUGAUAGGCGCGCUCGGUGCUAGAACAUGGCCCCCCCCAGCCUAGUUGUCCCCAUUCGGUAGGAGCGGAAACGGUUAAGCAGACAAUUAAUAUGCGUCUUCUCGGCUCGGCUGACGGUG